AUGCCGCCCGCAAACUCUCCUACUGAUACACGUCCGUCAACUCCUCCCGGACGCCCCAUUCGUUUACCUCUCGAACCCGCGACAAUCCACGACCCUUAUUUGCGUCAGAUUACUGAAUCCAUCUCCACAGCUGUUCCUGAUUUCGCUUCCACACUGAAUAUUGCACAGUCAACCACAGAAGGCGAAGCCCAAAGAAGUCGGAGCAGCCAUUCCGCUGGCAGCACUCCUAUCCUCUCCAGACGUAUCCGAGACACCCCACGCCCAUGGCAGACUGAACCACGCACUGAGGAGAACGAAGAUCAUCGGGACUUGAGACAGAUCGGAGAAGAUAUCUGGGCAAGACCAAGAUACUUGACAGAGCAAGAAUUCCUCAAUAGGCCUUCUGAGACCACUGAUCAGACCAACAUGCAGAAUCACGCACCGGCGAGACGGAUCUACGUAGGGAACACUCGCACAUCAACGACGGACAACCUUGUUGAUUCAACCCACGGUCAGGCCUUUCGAGAUUUCUCAUCUAGCGAUGAUAGUGACGACGAUCUGGAUCGACUCAGCACGGCCGCUCAGCAUAAUGAUAUCGGCGGCGCACGACGAGAUCUUCAACGUUUGGAGAGAGCCUUGCAGAGUUACCGAUCGGCUAGGAAUGGUCUGAUCAGGACAGGUAGAAUCACGGAACUGGGCGCGGUACCAACUGCCAGUGCCUUGAGAGCGUACUGGCAAGAUAAUCCGGCCAGGGAGUCCACUGCUCGGUCCUCGGCAGUUAACAUACUGCAAAACCAAGAUCGAAUGUCGGCCCGACAAUGGCGAAGUGUUGAACUACGCCGAUUGCACAACGAAGCUAACUCCACGCCUGGCGGCGCCCGAAGAAAACGGGAUGGAGCAGGGAGCUCAGCGGCUGUUGAGCGAGUGAAGAACUCCAUCCGAUAUCUAUCCCAACUUCGGCAUACUGACGCCGUGGGCGGACUUGAACUGGCCAGAUGCCUAGAUCUCGACUCAUUAUAUCAGUUCGAAGAAUCAAACAUGCCAAGCGACCUCCCCAUGCAUGUUGAUAAUCUGCCCGUGCCACAAUACAGCUCGUGGUUGGUGCCAGGAAUGGUCUGGCAUGGUCUACAGUCAACUGAGCGUGAGCCUUCGCAAAGCACAGUCGCUUGGGCGUCUCAAACUCGUCGUGAUACACAACGAGAUAUUUUUCAGCGGAGUAUAACACGGAGACGGGAACUGAUGCGCGGAACUUUUCAGGAAGCAGUGGAAGGAUUGUCUGGAUCCUUAAUAGAUGCUGAACGCUACUUAUCUGAUCUCCUGCAGGAUAGCAACGGCAGAUGGGGCUUUGCUCGAGAAGCACCGCCACCUCGACGUACCUCGCAAUCGCCCCAUCCUGUUGAAUCAGAUCAUUGGCCUGUCAAAGUGACAAUCCAUUCGGUUGACUACGACUCCAUGACUUUGUCUGGCACUAUGUCAGCGAGUCACAUGCCGGAGAGGAUCUCGCCUACACGCCUCUCAACAAUCGAGCAGCCGGCCUCUACUACGAGUAUGUCUUCUUACUUCACUGGCGAGAUUCUCGACUUCAGAAAGCAAACUCUCGAAACCGAACCUCAAGGUAGAGACUACCGAGUGGGCGGUCUUGAUAUAGAUGCAAGCUAUUGGGCCCGAUUAGGUCCAUUCCGGCAAGAGAUAGAGAAAGUCAGGAAUCUACGUGGCAAAGCCAGGGUGGAGUAUCAGCAAGAUAGUCGUCUGUGGAAUGCAUACCGAAAAUCUACGAGGGAUGACGGCGAUUAUAAGGAGCAACCUGCAAUUCCUGGAAUAGCGGGCAUGGAGAUUGAAACGAACGAAAACGAAGAGUUGAGCAAUUCUCGGAACUCGUCUUCUCACCGAACAGAAGAAAGCCGCCAGAUCGAGGACGAUGAAAUCAUGGCUCGCUGCCUAGGAAGUGCCAAAUGGCUCGAUGGAAAAUUGGGCCAAGAGUGGAUUUUGAUGAGAUGGAAGGAGCGUUGUUUUGUCGACUCAGGCGCCCAGUCGUCCAGCUCUAACCAGACAAGGACAAUCUUUACGGCAUCAGGGUCAUCCUCAUCCUCGCAGUAUACUGCGCGACCAUCUGAACCGGGAGCGGGUACAUCCUGGGGCCUGACAAUUUCAGGAUUUUAUUACAUCGCUCUCAACAGACUCACAGGCGAGGUGGAUGGCCUGUACUAUGAUCCUGGAUCUCAGCCCUACCAGGCUCUGAGAAUGGUGCCUGAAGGCAUGCCAUUAUCGAACAUAAUAUCAGACAAAACAGCCAAGUCCGGAAUUGACUCGGUGGGGGAACGCAAAACCUAUACUUGCGGGUGCAGUGACUCUGCCUGCAAAGAAAAGGUGGGCGUGAAACGAUGGUUUCCUUCUAUGGAGUUCAGAUGA